GUCAAACUGAUCAACAUGAACACGAAAUGUUAAAAAUAAAAGAAACAAAUUGCCUUCAAACAUCUCUGAAGACUGGGACCGAGAUUGUGUCUCUGAUAUAGCUAUAUAUGUGUUAUAGUAAUCUCAGACUGGGACCAAUAUAUAAAGGGAAUGUUACUAACUCCUCUUAGCAAUGCUCGUAGGAUUGCAAGUUGGUAUUGCUAAAAAAUUAUUGCAUUGAAGGGGAAUGAUUGUAGGGUGUCGAAUGACAAGAAUGGCUUGUUUAAGUUUUGCAAGUCCAUUGAUGUCAAAUCUUGCAAAACUUCUCAUUGUGGCAACAGCUAGGAAAUCAUUAAGACAGUUACAUCCAUAUGUCUGUAUUAAUUGUGUCAGAAAAUACAGUGAUACAGUUGGGAACAAACAAAACAUUGUUAGUGAAAGUGAGGCUGAAACAUUCUCUUGGGAAGCCUUAGUAGAUUAUUCUAAACUUACGGCUCAGGAUGUCAAAAUUCAUCGAAAACAUGUAGAAGCUGUAAGGAAUAAACAAAUGUCAUACACAGAUCCAGGAACAGGUUAUAUGGUAAUGACUAGAUUAUCACAUCUAACUAGAGGAGAAUGUUGUGGAAAUGCUUGUAGACAUUGUCCCUAUGGACAGAAAAACGUACCUGACGAGAUGAAGAGAAAAUUUAACUCAGCAUUUUAUUCUUGACGAAUGUGAAAAGUGUAAUACUUGACCAGUUUGAAAUUUUUUGACAUAACAUCAAGUGUUCAUCUUUUUAAAAAUUAUUAUUUUAUUAAAAAUAAGAAAAAAUAUGUUUAUGAAACGGGUAUUCUAUCUGUACAUGUAUUUGUUUUGAGCUUUAAUAUAAAUUGUUAGUAUUU